AACCAAAAAAGUUGUGGGAUUAAACAGUGAAAACCAGAAAAGUUGUGGGAUUAAAUAAACAGAGAAAAGUAAAGAAAAGGAAAUCAUUUUCACACAGAGGAACAUGGACUUUUUUGAUCCACUCUUCCAUCAAGAAAGGUAUGAUUGCAUAGUGUGCCCCCAAUUUUAACCCCACCCCCACCCCCACCACACACACACACACCAAAUUUUGCAGGACCAGUACUGAUGCACAAGAAUUACACUGUAAACCCAACAAUACUUUCAGGGUGAUGUACUGUACCCUUACCCCUUUCUGCUUAUCCUCAAACUAUUUGUUAUAGCUUCCUACAUUCCCCAGAGAAUUGAAUCCCUAAUUAGGAACAAAUGUUGGAUCCGGCGAGUGAUUUGGUACCACCACCUUCUUCUCCCACAAUUUCAUCAGUUUCUUCUUCUGAUCUCGACACUGAGGUUUUACCGUGUGACCAGUCUACAGGUUCAUUUUUUCAUGAUCGGAGUAUAACUUUAGGGACGCUUAUGGGAGUUACAUUCCAGGCGAUCACGUUUAGAGCUCCAUCAAUGACUCAGAACCGCCAAUCGAACGUUGAGAGCUCCGUCGGCGCGGGGAGUUCUCGGAAGAACAGGAAGUCGAAGAAGAGUAGGGUGGCAGCGGUGGCCGCGGCGGCGGAAGAGGAGGAGCGCCGGAAUUGCCGACGGCGGAGGUGGUGGAGGCUAUGCAGAGACGAAUGCGACUCCAAACCUGCUUCGCUCGGGGAGUAUCUCGAAGUCGAGCGGAGGUUGGGAGACGGAGCGAUUGACAGCGGCGCGGCCGCCGCUGCGGCGGCGGAGCUUGAAGGUGUUAUCAUUGACACCCAGCCGACAAACGGAAGGACGUUAUUCGCCGACGGGAGAGUUCUGCCGCCGGUAGAAGCUGAGGAAGAAUCGUCGUCGGCGGGAGCUUUGGGGUUGUGUAGAUUUUCUGUGGCGUCGCUCUCCGGAAUCUGUAGCCGUGGUGCUGGCUGCGUUGGAUAAGCAUAAGAUGAACUUAUCUUUAAAUUUUAUUAAUGAGUUUAAACUUUGUCAUUAAUAUAGUCAUUAAGAAGAUGCAGAAACUCAGAGAAUCAGAAAAGAAUACAGUAAAAUCGUCCUUAUUAGCCACUGUCAUUUAUUCGCGUUCUCUCUUUAUAUUGUCAUGAUAUUUAUUUGGAUUUAUUCUACUAAAGUAAAGGCUAGUUUCGGA